CAUUCGACAGAAUUUCAAGUACUCGCGUCGAAUCAAACAUCGAACGAGCUAUAAGAAGCGAAGAAUCGCCGACCUGCGCUACCAAUACACACAGUCUCGCUCGCACACCCGGAGAGAAGACAGGGACGCCGAAAGGUAUCGACCAAUGGCGAGGGAUAGCUGCUUGGCACGGGUCGGAGCCGGCGUUGCGGUCGGCGGGGCAAUCGGCGGUGCCGUGGGUGCUGUUUAUGGGACAUAUGAGGCUAUCCGAUACAAGAUUCCUGGACUGAUGAAGAUUAGGUAUGUGGGGCAAACUACACUUGGGAGCGCAGCCAUUUUUGGUCUUUUCUUGGGUGCUGGGAGCUUGAUACAUUGUGGGAAGUCAUACUAAUUGUUCCUGUUGUUUCGGGGGAUGGAUGUAAAAGUUAAUAAACUUUAUGUUGAGGCACAUUUUUGUU